AUGUACACCCCAUCCAGUGGCGAUGAAUCGGUCGAGACCGAGUCCAAUUUGAAACUACUCCCCUUGAAACAAGGGAAUCUCACGCAAGACCCGCAACCCUCGAGCUCGAAAUCAACCGACCCGAAUCCCACGAUCGAUGUCCCCGAGGGCGAUCGUGACGUCUCAAAGCGGAUUGAACAGUUCCUAGGCGAGGACCGUACACCAUUAUCGGACUCAUUUGAUACGGACUUGGAGGGGGAUUCGCCCAGAUCGUCUCUGGCCCUGAGCGACGACUGGGGCGGCCCAGCGGACAAGGGCUUGUUAUUGAAAAAUGAUGGCCAGGAGGAACUCAAGGGCUUCAAUUGGAGAUCGCUGUUUCACUUGCAAUCCUGGUGGAAUGUCGCUGCGUUUGGCAUAAUCGCCAUUGUGAUGGUAUGGCUGUCAAUAAAAGGCUUUCCGUGGUCUUCGACAGGCGCAACAGUGAGUGAAACUCAAACAAUUCCCUGGUACCCUACCCCCUUGGGCGGAACAAGCACAGAAUGGAAGGAAAGUUAUGUCAAGGCACAAGAAAUGGUCAGACGGAUGUCUCUUCCUGAAAAGGUGAACAUCACUACUGGCACAGGCUGGCAGAUGGGACUAUGUGUUGGAAAUACUGGACCCGCUGAACUCGUUGAUUUCCCUUCCCUUUGCCUCCAAGACGGCCCGCUCGGUCUCAGAUAUGCACACAACAUUACUGCGUUCCCUGCAGGAAUUACAACCGGCGCUACAUGGAAUCGCGAAUUGAUGCGAGCUCGUGGGUUCGCUCUUGGAAAGGAAGCGCGGCUGAAAGGUGUGAACGUCAUCCUCGGCCCUGCCAUGGGCCCGCUCGGGAUGAUGCCUGCGGGAGGUCGCAAUUGGGAGGCAUUCGGAUCAGAUCCUGUCCUGCAAGGAGUAGCUGCAGCGGAAACGAUCCGCGGCAUCCAGCGAAACGGAGUCAUGGCGACGGCCAAACAUUUUGUAGGCAACGAGCAGGAGCAUUAUCGCCAAGCAUUCGAAUGGGGUACUCCAACCGCCCUCUCGUCGAAUAUUGAUGACCGCACUCUGCAUGAGGUCUUUGCCUGGCCUUUCGCUGAGAGUGUCCGUGCCGAUGUUGCUAGCAUCAUGUGUUCGUACCAGAUGGUCAACAACACGUAUGCUUGCGAGAAUAGUAAACUAAUCAAUGGCAUUCUCAAAGAUGAAAUGGGAUUCCAAGGAUUCGUGCAGUCGGACUGGCUAGCUCAGCGUUCGGGCGUCAACAGUGCCAUCGCGGGCCUGGACAUGAGCAUGCCUGGAGACGGCUUACAUUGGACUGAUGGCAUUCCCCUCUGGGGAGGUGAAUUGACUCGCGCAGCACUAAACACUUCUGUCCCUAUGGAGCGAUUGAAUGACAUGGUGACCCGCAUCGUGGCAGCCUGGUACCAUUUCCGACAAGAUUCUUGGGAGCGACCUCCACCGAAUGGAAAUGGCGGUCCAAACUUUUCAUCCUGGACUCAGGAGGGAAUCGGCCAUCUACAUGAAGGCUCCCCGGAUAAUGAUGCUACCGGGGUGGUCAACAGAUUUAUCGACGCGCAAGGAACUGGUGCGAACGCCCAUUCUAUUGUGGCUCGUCAGGUUGCUGCAGAAGGCACUGUUCUCCUAAAAAACGUCAACAACACCCUCCCGCUCUCACGACAGGUCACCGGCGAUGCUGGAAAAUACAGGGUUGGUGUCUAUGGUGAAGACGCAGGCCCAGGAAGUGGCCCAAAUGCUUGUGCUGACCGGGGCUGCAACCAAGGAACUUUGGCCUCUGGUUGGGGCAGUGGUGCUGUGGAUUUCCCGUACCUGGUGAGUCCAUGGGAGGCGCUGCAAACUGUUUGGUCGAAGGACACAGUUGAUCUUCAAGGUUACUUGACGAACAAUGUUGGAUUCAAGGACCUCGCAGAUCAAGAUCUGUGUCUAGUCUUCGUGAAUGCAGAUGGAGGUGAGGGCUUCAUCCGUAGUGAUGGCAUUGAUGCGGAUCGCAAUGACCUUUUCCUGCAAAAGAAUGGCACUGAACUCGUGGAAGGAGUUGCCAACCACUGCGGAGGUGGCCAAGGCCGAACCGUCGUCGUUGUUCAUUCGAUUGGCCCUGUUGUGAUGGAGUCUUGGAUUGACUUUCCUGGCGUCCACGCCGUGCUCUAUGCCAAUCUUCCAGGCCAGGAGAGCGGAAACGCUUUGAUGGAUGUGCUUUUUGGUGAUGUCGAUGCCAGUGGCCGCCUUCCCUACACUAUCGGCCGAAGCUUGGAAGACUAUGGCCCAGGAGCCCAGGUGCUCUAUGAGACUCAAGACCCGGUUGUCCCACAAGUCAACCUCAGCCAAGGUCUUUACAUUGAUUAUCGCUACUUCGAUCGAUACAACAUCACUCCGCGCUACGAGUUCGGCUUCGGUCUAUCAUAUACAACCUUUGACUACACUGCCGUCAGCAUCGAAAAGCUACAGAAGAAGACCCAACACCCAUCCCAAAGACCAAAGAAUGAAGUUGAACCACCUGCAUACGACAGCAGACCACCUCACCCCUUCAGUGGGCUGUUCCCUCCAGAAUUCCGCACCCUUCGCAAAUACAUCUACCCCUACAUCGUAACUAACGAUGGAACUAAUCCCGGUCCAUACCCAUACCCGGAUGGAUACGAUAAACACCAGAAGCCAUCCUCCGCAGGCGGUGGACCAGGCGGAAACCCCUCCCUCUACGAGCCCAUGCUCGAGCUCUCCGUCGAAGUAACCAACACAGGAACACGACCCGGUCAAGACGUGGUGCAGGUAUACGUCUCCUUCCCAGAAGAUGUGGCCGAACACCGCGGGCUUGGCUGGUCGCGUGAAACAAUCGAUUUCCCAGACCGGGUAUUACGCAACUUUGAGAAGAUUUUGUUGCAGCCCGGGCAGACGGAAACUGUCAAGAUGACGCUGACUCGUAAGGAUCUCAGCUAUUGGAGUGUUCGUUCUCAAAAUUGGGUGCUUCCCACUGAGGGCAAGUUCCGUAUCUGGGUUGGGCGAAGCUCACGAGAUUUACCGCUUGUGGUCGAGUUUUAA